AUGGAGGAAAGAUCUGAGUCGCGAGCUUCAGGUACAACAUACCAUAGCUUUGCAGACACGGAGUUGUUUGAACCCAUGUCUCCCCCUCGACCACCAGUUACCCACGAUACAACCAGUCUUCAACACCUCGAACAUCUUCAACAUGAGCUUCAGCGCCAGCAGCGUGAAGCUCCGAGUAGCAGGGACUGGGUGAGAGAACGUCGGCCUGGCACGGCAAAGAUGCAGCGACAAGAUUCAGGCUAUGAGUCAAACACGCCCCGACGAACCUCUACUUCUAAUACCUCCCAUGGAGGAUCUACUAUUAACAACGCUCACCUUCUCGUUGGCCGACGAUCGUCAAAUGGUUCCUCCAAGGAUGGCAGCGGCAGUGGUAGCAGCAACGGCUCAGGAGUUAGAUCUCGUUUCAGAGAUCGUCGCCCUUCGCUCCGUCGAGCAGCAAAGACUCACCCCGUUCAACCAACACGCACAUCCAACCAAUCCCUCCACCUCGUACGCACCGCAACAGCUACUUCUCCCCCCAAGCAGUCCGCCGCAUUCUUCCACUUCCCAUCGCCAGAUCCCAUUCAGCUCGCCGACACCGUUCCCGACCGCCGCGUGCAACCCACGCCAUCCCCUCACCACCGCCUCAGACAACACACUACUGGACCAGCGACCGCACCCGCCGUCUUGAAUACGCCGCCAUCGACGCUGCGACGCGCGGUGUGA